AUGUUCUCUCUCUGCAGCCAAGUUCGCCAGGGCAUUUCCACCAGCACCAAGGGAACGGCCUUUGUGGUCUACGAGGAUGUAAUGGACGCGAAGCAAGCCUGUGACAAGCUCAACGGCUUCAACUUCCAGAACCGUUACCUCGUCGUCCUAUAUCAUCAGCCCGAAAAGAUGAUGAAGUCAAGAGAGGACCUGGAGGCCCGUCGGGAAUCUUUAGCUCAGCUGAAGAAACAACAUGGCCGGUCUUUGUCACCUACAAAGCCUGCUCCGCCGAAUCACAAGACGAUCCUUCGAAAAGGCACGCCGCCUGACAGCGUCAUGACUCAGGGGCAUGUCGGCGCGCGAGCAGUCCGCUUUGCCGACGGGGCGCCAACUGCUCUACGAUCCUGCGCGUGA